CUAGAGACCGUGAGAAAUCUGGUGUUCCUCGACCUGUACGCCAACGCGGUGGAGAAGAUCGCCGGGCUCGAGUGCGUGCCGCAGCUCAGGGUGCUCAUGCUCGGGCGCAACCGAAUCAGAUCCAUCGGCGCCGGCUUGGCCAGGCUCCAGAGGCUCGACGUCCUCGAUCUCCACAACAACGAGAUCGCGUCGACGUCGGGGCUCAACUCGCUCGCGUCGCUUCGUAUCCUGAACCUCGCCGGUAACAGGCUGGUCUCCCUCGGCGACCUCGGGAACAUGACCGGACUUCACGAGCUC